AUGAAUGGUAAUGCUAGCAGUUACCCAAAACGGAGGGUUUCUUUUGUAAUAAGGGAUGAACAUGAAAAGAAGCACAGAUCAGCUGUAGCUGCAUUACAGUUUGAUGUCAACACCAACAGGUUAUUCUCCGCCGGAAGUGACACAAUCAUUAGGAUAUGGAAGGUCGGAAAUAACGAUAGUGCUUCGUUCAAAAGCCCAUCAGAUGAUGCGGCAAGUAGCUCUGUAAGCUUUGUUCAAACGAUGGAACAUCAUACUGAUUGGGUUAAUGAUGUAAUUUUAUGUUGUGGAGGGAAAUACUUGCUCUCGGCAUCGAACGACUCAACGGUGAAAGUUUGGAAUGCUUCCAAGCACUUUUGUAUGUCCACUUUACGAACACAUAAGGAUUAUGUGAGUUGUAUGGCGUACGCUAAAGAACUGGAAAAAGCAGCUAGCGCUGGAUUCGAUCAGUCUAUUUAUUUAUGGGACAUUGAAACUUUAACGAAGUUAACAUGUAUCAAUAACACUGUAACAACUUCGUCAUUGAAUGGUAGUAAAGAUAGUAUUUAUUCGUUGUCUAUGAAUGACAUGGGAUCUCUUAUUGCUUCCGGUUCGACGGAAAAAGUCAUACGGUUGUGGGACACCAGGUCUUGUCAGAAAGUGAUGAAGCUAAGGGGUCACAUUGACAACAUUCGAGCUCUUAUUAUAAGUCCCGAUGGAACCAAGUGUGUUUCUGCAAGUAGUGAUGCGACAGUAAGAUUGUGGGACUUAGGCCAACAGCGUUGCAUUGCUACCUGUUUAGCUCAUCAAGAAGGCGUUUGGACAUUACAGUCGGAUGCAAUGUUCAACUACAUUUACAGUGGAGGUCGGGACAAAAAAGUUUAUCGUACUAAUGUGAGCGACUUCUCACAGAGCUCUCUUGUGCUCGAAGAAGACGCGCCUAUAAAAAAGAUUCUUAUCGAGAAUCCUAGCAAUCCUACUUCUUUGUGGACUUCGACAUGGAGCUCAAAUAUAAAGAGAUGGAACAUUUCUGAAACAAAUUCUAAUAUAAACGAUAUUGCUUAUGACUAUGAAGGCAGAGAGAAUAUCGUUCCAGAGCUGGUCAUUCCAGGUGCUCCAUCUAUAAAGUAUCACGUCGUACUCAACGAUAAAAGGCAUGUAGUGACCAAGGAUUCUGAAGGCUGUGUCGCAUUAUAUGAUGUAUUGGGAGGACGAAAAGUAGCUGAAUAUGGAAGUAGGCCCAUUGAAGAAGUUGUUCGCGAACAUUUUCGGAAAGUUUUCGUUCCUAGCUGGUUUACUGUAGACUUCAAAAGCGGGAUGCUCCAAAUAACAUUGGACGAAUCUGACGUUUUCUCUGCGUGGUUGUCAGCCAAAGAUGCCGGUGUUGAAGAUUCUGACACGAAAAUCAACUACGGAGGAAUGAUGCUGAGAUCACUCUUUGAGCGAUGGCCGAAGUGUGACAUGGGAAUCGAUGGCUCUGAAACAAGUAUAGCAACUGCUGAUUAUUUACCUGUUCCUGAACACACCCCUCUGAUCAUAUGUGAGUCCAACGGUAGACCACUGUUCCGGUUGCUCAUAAAAGAUGCGAUAAAUGAAACGGAGUCAUCUCUUCUCGCUGAAUAUGUACCAACCUGGGUAACCGACGUCGUUGAAAGGAAUUUGUUACCAAAGUUCAACAAAAUGCCGUUCUUUUUACUACCUCAUCCUAGCACUAAUUCCAAAACUCCAAAAAAAGAACGUUUAUCUGCGACUGAAAUGCUUCAAGUGAAAAAAGUCAUGGAACAUGUGUUUGAAAAAAUAUUGAAUGCGGAGAACCCAUUGUCCCCGGAUAGGACAAUAUCCGAUCCAAUUCCUUCUGACUUAGAUCAGCGACUAGAGCUUUACUGCAACGAUCAGAAGCUAGAUCCCGAUAUGGAUCUUCGAACUGUAAAACAUUUCAUUUGGAAGCAGGGUGGAGAUUUGUUAAUACAUUAUAAAGCUAUUAAGUUCAACUAA